AUGUCAUUCAGAGGAGCUCCACGCGGCCGUGGAGGAGGUGGUGGCAGCUUCGGCGGACGAGGCGGCUCUCGUGGCGGCAGUCGCGGAGGCUUCCAAUCGUUUGGACCACCUGAUUCCGUGUUUGAAAUGGGCUCCUUCAUGCACGCGUGCGAGGGCGAGAUUGUGUGUGAAUCCAUCAACGAGAAGAUACCAUAUUUCAAUGCUCCCAUAUAUCUCGAGAACAAGACUCCCAUUGGCAAAGUCGACGAAGUACUCGGUCCGAUCAACUCAGUAUACUUUACGAUCAAACCGCAGGAAGGAAUAGUCGCAACUUCUUUCAAGGCUGGCGACAAGUUCUACAUCGGCGGUGACAAGCUUUUACCUCUCGUCAACCUCCCCCAGGCGCCCCAAAGCCAAAACGAGCAGGAGGCUCAAGCAGAGGCCGUGGAGGCUUCGGAGAUAGGGGUGGACGAGGCGGAUUUGGCGGACGUGGUGGAGGCCGAGGAGCUCCACGAGGACGUGGUGGAUUUGGUGGAUCAUCACGGGGCGCUCCUCGUGGAGGAUUUGGUGGAGGCGGUUUUGGAGGUCGCGGAGCCUCGAGAGGAGGUGGCCGUGGUUUUGGACGGGGUCGCGGGUGAAAAAGAGGCACUGUAA